AUGGCCGCAAAUCCCAUGGGCGAUGGUCUCAUCCUCGGUGCGCCUGGCAUCGAGGGUAAAACUACCGUUGUUCCCACCCACGAAGCUGUCAAUGCUUUUACCGAGGAGAAACACCGACUCGCAGUCCACGAUGGAGAGCUCGAAAAGAAGGGCGUACUAGAGCCAGAGAUCACCCCAGCUUUGCCUUCGUACGAUAGCGCUGAGCGCGACGAUGAAGAUCACAUCAUCAUCACUGGAGCUGAUGCUGCUGCCCAUUUGCUACCGAUGCGCGACGACCUUGAGCCAGCGUUGACGUUCCGGAGCAUCUUCCUCGCGACUAUACUGUCAGCGUUUCAGGCUUUCAAACCCACUUUGGUCACUAUCCAAGGUACUUUCAUUGUUCUCAUGGCCUACUUCCUCGGAAAUGCAUGGGCCAAGUUCUUGCCCCGCGGCGAAAAGUUCGAAGCCCGGUGGAGAGCUGGAGGUGGAGUGGGUGUCGCACCGCUCUAUAUCCGGGUCAUAUCGUUUUUCAAUCAUGGGCACUGGAACUUGAAGGAGCACGCUAUCACAGCGAUCACGGCGACCUCAGCCUCGAUUGCCGCACCGAGUAGCCAGGUUUUUGCCGCGCAAGAGAUCUUUUACAGCUUGGAGCUCAGUCCCGUAACUGUCAUUUUCAGCACCAUCUCAAUUGGGUUGUUCGGUUACGGUAUUUGCGGAAUUCUGCGACCCAUUUGCGUGUGGCAUGUUGAUGCAGUAUACUGGAGCAGUCUGCCAACCGUCAAGGUGCUCCAAGGUCUACAUUGGCAAUCUGUCAAGGACAGUAAGCCGAUUCGUUGGUUUUGGAUCGCUUUCUCGUGCAUGUUCGCCUACGAGUUCUUCCCGGCGUACAUCUUCCCAUGGCUCAAUUCCGUCUCAAUUCCCUGCUUGGCCGCUAUGAAAGCGACUGGAUCGAAGGCCGCAACUCUCACGAACCUUUUCGGCGGCGCGACCAACAACGAGGGGUUGGGUCUCUUUACGCUGUCCUUAGACUGGCAAUAUUCAUCGCUACCAUUGAAGCUUCAGCUGCAUCAAACCUUCGGAUUCGGCGUAUGCUUCAUUGUCAUGCUUGCAAUUUACUACGGCAACGCUUGGGACUCCAAGUCACUACCGUUCAUGUCUACUCGUCUCCUCACCCAGGACGGCAAGCGUUAUCCCAGCGCGAGUGUUUUCAUCGACGGUGUGCUUGACAAGACUGCUCUGGCAAAGUAUGGUCUGCCGAGGCUGACAGGAACGUUUGCGUAUGCCAUGUUCAUGGCCAAUGCCGCUAUAGGCGCGUUAAUUGCGCACAUCGCUCUCUUCUGGGGUGGUGAUACGGUCAGGGCGUUCAAGGCCGCCAAAGCUGGAAAGUUCGAUGACCCUCAUCACGCGCACAUGCAUAAGCACUACAAAGAGGCACCCUGGUGGUGGUACAUGAUUGUGCUUGCCGUCAGCUUCAUACUUGGUCUCAUUGUCGUUAUCAAGGAGAACAUCACUCUCCCAGUCUGGGGCUACAUCAUUGCGCUGUGCAUGGGAACCAUCAUUGCACCUUUUAGUAUCAUCAUAUACUCUCGCUUCGGAAACGGAAUCGCGACAAACAACCUGUCCAAGGUCAUCGCUGGUUUGAUCUUACCCGGUCGCCCGAUUGGGAACAUGUACUUUGCCGCAUGGUCUCACAACGUCAUCAACGGCGCCCUUCAGCUAAGUAUGGAUCUCAAGCUGGGCGAGUAUCUCAAGGUGCCUCCCCGUGUCAUGUUCAUGACACAGAUUUACGGCACUGUCCUGGGUGGCUUCAUCAACUACGCGGUCAUGACCUCGAUCGUCACAGGCAAUAAGAAGCUUCUCGCUGACAGCAACGGCGACUCAUCCUGGAGUGGUGCAACGAUCCAGUCGUACAACACCAACGCGACGACCUGGGCACUUGCAUCCUACCUCUACAAGCAAGGCCAAGCGUAUUCGAUAGUGCCAUUUGGUCUUCUCAUCGGUGCCGGUAUCGUUGCCGCGCACCGCAUCUUUGCUCAUUUUGUCCCCAAGAUCGGCAAAUUCCACGUUAAUGAGAUCAACUUCCCGCAAUUCAUCCAAUAUGCCGGCUACAUCCCCUACAACCAGUCGCAGACUUGCGUACUGCUCAGCUGGACCAUCGUUGGAUUUUACACCCAAUUUUACCUGCGCAACUACCGCCCACGCAUCUUCAAGGACUACUCGUACCUUAUUGCUGGCGCUUUCGAUGGCGCUAGUCUGACGUGUCUAUUCAUCCUGAGUUUCGCCGUGUUUGGAGCGGGAGGACCUGCGAAGCCGUUCCCACAGUGGUGGGGCAAUAACGUCGCGGGCAAUUACGAUCACUGCCCUGUGGCUGAGUAG